UAAAAACAUCUUUAGGAUGGUUAUAUGGGCAUAUGGGUUUAAUUUAGAUAAUGUUCAGUUUAAAUUUAGCAAGUCCUACUAUGAUGGGUUAAUUAAUGUCCAGGUAAAUCUAAAGAGGACACAGAAUACAGUCUCAAGCCUCAAGCACCCCUUUAUGUAAGGCCAAAUUCAACAUUGUCCAAUGUCUUACCCUACAAUGGUGGCCAUCCACUCUCUCCUAAAGUUUCCAACCAGCAUAUCACUGCCAAUCAUAUGCCGCCUCCAAACAUCACCGAAAGACCUCAGCCACCUCCAUUUCCACCUGCAACCCUCUCUCCUCAUAACAAUCAUACUAUUUCAAUUUGUAAUCAAACUUCACCAGUGUCUUCUUCUUCUCACUCGGAACCAUACAUGAACACUUGCUAUCCUAUAUACCCAUAUGUGCCAAUACCAACCAAUGUCUACCCUCCUCCACAGCCAGACACCUCUCUUCCUCUAGUCACCUCUGAUGGCGGUUAUCAGCACCCACCGCUAUGUUUUCCUCACGCCACCGGCGUCUACCCUCCAGUUUUUCCAGAUGGAAGCCCUUGGUAUCCGACACCGCAGCAGCUCACAGAGGAACAUUGUCGGCACCACUCUCCUCCAUCCUUAAUGGCGAUGGAGUGUCCACCAUCACCACCGCCUCACAAUGUUUAUCCACCUCCCCCUGCUAUCUAAG